UUUGGUUAAAUACAAAGGUUUUCCCUUAUUUCGCCUCUUUGAACUUUCAACAGCAGAUCAGGGUUUCCAGAAAGGAAAGGAAAAAGGCAUUAAAGUAUGAAAGCAGCAUUUUUCUUCGGCUUUGUGAUAUGCAUCUUUGCGAAUGCUUUUGCAAUAGAUGAAAAACUUCAAGCCAUAGUUAAUGAUUACAUAGAUGACUUUAUUGAGAAAGCUACAAAUGGAUCUGGAGGCUUCAUUGACCCUCUUCCAUUAGAUGAAGUAGCGAAAAGCUUCGAAAGGGAAGUCGGUCGUGUGAAGGUGAAGGGUGAAGCAAAGCUGUAUGAUGGUAAAAUAUACGGUCUUUCCUCUUUGCAAAGAAAAGGUAAUGCAGUUGCAAUUGAUUUAGAUGACUUUCUCAUCAUCUCAACUCAAUUAACAUUCAAGAAAAUCCACGCAUUCUACAGAGGUGCUAUGCUAUUGAACAACAAAGGACCUCGAAUAACACUAGACGCAAAAAUAGGAAAAUCCAAAGUUACCAUGUUCCUCACAGUGCCAGCAGAAGGCGGACCAGCUAGCUUAAUGUCUUUUAACAUAAACAAACUGCAAGAUAUUCGAGUGAGCGUUUGGGGUCUCGGAGCUAUGGGAUGGACUGCAAGUAUUAUCAGCACCCUGGCACUCAACGCAUUAGAGCAACCUGUAGCCAAAGCUGCAUCAAUCAAAAUUUUUGAAUACUUCAGUAAGGAACUCGAAAAGGUUCCAUUUCCAGGAUCCAAGUCUGAAUAAGUCUUAUAAAUUUCUCAGAAAGCUGUUUUCCAAAUAAACUUUCUUACAAGUCUGUUUAUUUCAUUUUAUGGUGUAAUUUUGUGCAGUGUUUUUAUGCUUAGAUUUCAAAAUUUUGUGCAGUGAUUGAUUGCCUUUACACAUAGAUGUCAUGUCCAUAUCUUUGUAUACCAAAAGAUCUAAUUAAAUUUUAUUUUUGCACUUA